AUGGCCAAACUACGGCCUGCUGGAGAGCGAUAUAAAUACCCCUUGCCAAUUCAUCCCAUUGAGAACCUGCCUCAACUUAUUCCUCACAACCCUAUAUCUUGGGUACAUUGGCUAUAUUGUUACUACAAGAGCUUCAAUGGGCUACCCAAAAGGAUCUCCAUAAAGAUACUGGCUAGAAAAUACUGCCAUAUAAUAGUUGAUGAUCCAGAUGAAAUGCUGUUUCUAUGGGAGAACGGAUUUUUUGGUACAGGCCAAUUAUCAAGAAGUGAGCCUACCUGGAAAGCUCGUACAAUAGCUAGAAUGGGCGAUUUAUGCGAUGAAGUGGACCGAGGUAAAUCCAAUUUAGCAUUGGAAGAUAUUACUGACAGGAGAAGACUACAGAGGAUCGAUUUUAAAAAGAAGCGCCAGCAGUUCGAGGACCAGCUGUUGGAACUGAGGCGGAGAGGUGGGACGAUUGAAGAUGAGAGCAAGUUAGUGGCGAAAGAAAGAGAAUCUCUUCGAAGCCUCAAGGAUCAACAGUUGCUGAGCUUUAAAAAACAAAAUGAUACUCAACUGAGAAGUGAAGACAGUGAACUUAUCGACGAGAAGGGAGAACUUGUAAAUUUAGAAUCGCUAGAACUCACAUUCGUGGAAGCAUUAUUUUUAUCGUUCGCUAUACCAGUACUGGAUGUGUCACCAUACGUGUUGAUAGAACGAUUUCUAGGACCUAUCGCAACUCUUGAAUAUCGAAAUGUCUAUCCAUCGAUAAAACAAUAUGUCGCAUAUCAUCAUUACCGGUCCCAUGGGUGGUGUGUAAGAUCAGGAAUCAAAUUUGGUUGUGACUAUCUUCUUUAUAAGCGGGGUCCACCCUUUCAACAUGCUCAGUUCUGCGUCAAAGUUUUAGACGUUGACGAAACUCACGACUACACAUGGUACUCUAGUCUAGCUCGUGUUGCUGGAGGAGCCAAAAAGACUUUGGUCUUGUGUUAUGUGAAGAAUACAACUACUGAAGAGGAGAUACUUCGAUUACUGAGUAAGAAAAAUCUAACAAAGGCACUUUCCAGUUACGAAGUUAGCGAGCUUAUAUAUAGACGCUGGGUUCCUGGCAAGAACAGAGACUGA